AUGGGGUGGAACCGUGGUUUUGGUCGAGUCAAGGAAGAAAGAAAGAACUUGAGUUUCUUCAAGAUAUUCCAGAGUGCAGAUUUAUCUUCUGAAUCCAUGAGAGCGUUGCCUUACACAUUCAUGAAAAACGUCUCUAAGGAAGACUUCUCAUACAAGAUGGUGAUAAGAGCGAAGUGGGGAAGCUCAUGGGAAGUAGACAUCUCCAUGAACCCGAGGUUCUACUACAUGGAGAAGUCUGGUUGGAACCAGUUUGUGAGCGACAAUGCUUUGGGAGAAAACGAGUUUGUGACUUUCACUCACAAGGGACUAAUGUGCUUUGAUGUCAACAUCUACGGUCUGAGUGGCAAGGAGAUUGCUGUACCUCGAAAACCCCAGACAGCCACUCCAUUUAGUAAGAUCAAGAAAGAAGAAGAUGAGAGCUGCCACAAAGAUGUUAAGAAGGAAGAUGAAACAGGAGAGUCCAUGAGAGGAGUUGAGUUUGAAGAGAGAAAGAGGAAGAAGAGCAAGAAAGUGGAGAUAGGUGAAUCUUCAAGAGGAGCUGCGCUCAAGAAGAAGAAAGCUGAGAAGGCUAAACCAUCCAAGAAGAAGAUCAAGAUCAAGAGAAGGAAAGUGAAGAAUGGUGUUCCGGAAUUUAAGAUCACCAUAAGGAACUCAUACCUCAAGUUCCUGGCAAUCCCGAAGAUGUUUGAGGACGUGUACAUUCCGGAUGAGUCUAGGAGGUACAUGAUACAUCACUCGGAAGGAAAGGGUUCAUGGGAGGUGCUUUGCUUGGUGAGGAACACUAGGACAAUCUUCUCUAGUGGAUGGAGCAAGCUGGCACGAGAGUUUCCUUUAUCGGUUGGUGAUAGGUGUACUUUCCAUCUCGUCAAACCUAAUGAGUUUGUCCUCACCUCCAAGAAGGCCAGAGAUGAGAUCACUGUGAUCGAUUGA